AUGGCAUCCGUGCUUGCAGAGGGUGUUGUUAAAAAAGUUUGUGAGAUGGCCAUCCAACAAGCGGCUAAUGAGGCUAAAAUACUCUGCAACUCCACAGAAGACCUUGAAUGGUUGCAGAGCAGAUUUAUGGAAAUCAAUUGUGUCUUGAGUGAAGCCGAUGAAGAGAGUAGUAGUCAAAAGGAGUCUGUAAAAAACUGGCUUCAUAGAGUUCGGGACAUUGCCUGGGAGGCAGAGGACAUACUCGAAGAAUUUGCUGUGGAUUCUCUGUAUGCCCGAAACCAAUUUUGCUGUUUGAGUUGUAGUCAAUUGAUUCCUCGCCAUAAAAUGGGCAGAAGAAUUCAAGAGGUGAAAGCCCGGUUGAGCUCCGUUGUUGCAGAUGGAAACCAACUGAAUAUAGUUCGUGCUGCUGUGCCUCACGUAGAUGAAGCAGAAUCAUCAAGUAGAUCCCAGGGACAACAGUUUAAGAGAUGGAGUCGCCUGCCCAGUGAUUCAAAACCAGUGGACAUACAGUCCAAGAUUGAAAGCAUGGUGAGUUUGAUGGAAUGUUUGACAGAUGAACAGAGUUGGCGGCUGUUUUGUGCUCACGCAUUUCCUAAGUCUGAGGAAAAUAGAGCGCCGGAGAACUUGGAGGAGGUUGCUCGUAAGAUCGUGAAGAAAUGUGGGGAGUUGCCACUUGCAAUCAAAAUCACAGCAGCAUCUCUGGCGAGCACUACAUUGCUAAGUGACUGGCAGUCCAAAUUGAAUAAGCUGGAAAAGGUAGGCAAUUCUAACGACCGUGUCAUGGAUAUUCUCAAGUUGAGUUACGACUCACUCCCUGCACAUUUAAAGGCUUGUUUUGCUUAUCUUUCCUUCUUUCCCGAAGAUAAGGUGAUAGAGUGUGAGUAUCUCAUAUAUCUAUGGAAGGGAGAAGGAUUCAUUCCGGCAAGAGAGAACCCUUGGGAUUGUUUAGACCAGCUUGCCAAUCUUUGUCUACUUGAUGUAUGGGAACAUUGGGAAGAUGAGGAGCUGACAAAAUAUUGUAAAAUUCAUGAUCUAUUGCUUGACUUGGCAAAACUCAUAUCCAGUGAAAAUAAAUGUGCAUUCGGUCUUGAGGAUGCCUUCUCAAAAUUGCACUCUGUGAAUACAGGUGGUGUCUGGUGGUGUCGCCUAUUUUUGGCGAAGAAAGAUAUUGAUGAGCAUGCCAUCUCAGAGAGACGCCCUGUUUUUCCCACACUUGUCCGCACACUGUCGCUCUCCUGUAAUGCCCAAAUUGGAAGAAGGAUUCCGGCAAUGUUCUUUUUCUGUAAUGCCCAAAUUGGAGGAAAGAUUCCGGCAAUGUUGUUUAGCGGUAUGAGAGUUCUGCGGGUUCUGGAUUUGAGCCAUACAAAUAUCUUCACAUUGCCUGCAUCUGUUACAGAGAUGAAACUUCUCAAAGUCUUGAAUUUAAGAGACACAAAGAUUAGGAAGGUGCCCAAGUGUGUGAGAAGCCUUAAGAGUCUCUCUUAUCUUGAUGUCUCUGGUUGCAGUCAAUUCCGGCAUAGGCAGGCACCGAAAUGGAUAAGUGAACUGAGGUGUCUUCAGCAUUUGGAAGGUCCGUUUACGAGACUGCCAAAGGGAAUGUCAAAGCUGGAGUCUUUGCGAACACUGCGAACAUGGACUUUGCACCUGUCCAAAAUUACAUGUAUGAAAUGUGGUGUGUUAAGGUUAGAGGAUGUUGGCAAGAUGAGGGAGAUUGAGGAAAUAGAGUUUUAUGUUGAGGAUGUAACACAGUUGAAGAAGAUGGAAGAAGGGAUCCUUGCGCCCUUGGGAAAGAUGCGUCGGCUGAAAGUAUACAAUAAAAUCCGUGGAAUGCGAGGUAAAUCAGGAUUGGAUCCUCCACAGUUUCCGGAGAGAAUGAAUGCAAUGAGAGAUCUGGAACAUCUGGAGCUAGACCAUUUUGCAGUGCCACCUUGGAUAUGUUGUUUGGCAAAUCUCAGGUACCUCUACUUAUACUAUUGUGAUUGCAGUAAUUACCCGGAAUUGCAAACAAUGCAGAAUCUAGUGGUUUUGAGGUUGUGGGGGGACAAUAGGUGCAGAGAAUUGCCAAGGGCGUUUGGAAAGUCGGGAGGGUUUCCACAGCUACGUUUUUUGGAGAUAAGCGAAUUCCCUGAAUUGGAGGAGUUUCCAGAAAUGGAGGAUGGAGCAAUGGCAUGCCUGGAGGAGUUGGAAUUAUGUAGUUGUGGGAAGCUGAAUAAAGUGGGAGAGGGAUUGGAGGGGUUGAAAAGUCUCAAGAAGAUCUGUUUAACUGAGUCUGGGAAUAUGCUGGAGGAAGGUGGGACAUAUUGGAAAAAAAUCAAAGACAAAAAUCCUCAAAUAACUAUUGAUGUUGAGGAUGUGUUUGCAUGA